AUGGAGGAAACCGAUAUCAUUAUUAGCGGAUGCGGGCCAACCGGGGCCCUGCUUUCCACCCUUCUCGGGCGGUACGGCAUUGCAAACGUUGUCCUUGAGCGGGAGCCACAUAUAACGAGUGACCCACGUGGAAUAGCGCUUGACGAGGAUGGCAUCCGCCAACUACAGGCGUGUGGCAUCUACGAUAAGAUUUUCACAGAUAUUGGAGAAUGUAUGGGCAAGUUUAGGUUUGUGGGUGGCGUACAUAGCGACCUUAGCACCCGUCCGUUUACCGUCAUGGACUACAAUACAACCGAAGGCGGUACCGGACAUCCAGGCUUUAUGUGCCACAAGCAGCCGGUCCUAGAAAAACACUUGAGAGCUCGACUUAAUGGGUAUCCUACCUCCGACUUGCGUUUGAACUCAACCGUCAUAUCCAUUUCCGAAGACAGCGAUUCGGUGUGCGCAAUUUAUCUCGAUGCAUCAGGGAAACAAACACAGAUCCGGGGCAAAUAUCUUGUUGGGGCGGACGGGAAAACGGGCUUCACAAGAAAACAGUAUCUCGAGCCGUUGGGAAUUCGGAUGGAACACGUCUCAGCGAAUUCGUAUGAGGAAACAUGGGUGGCCUUGAAUUGGAAGCUGGCGCUCCCUACACCAGAGUCACAUCCUGAUUUCCCUCUGUGGGAAAUGGGCUACACUCCGCAACAAGUCUACGAUUUGUUCUUCCCAACCGACUUUCGCUUUCUCUGCAACCCAAAGCGCCCAGCGGUAUGUGGCCGCUUUGGACUGCGCGAAGAUCGGCUUUGGCGUUUUGAAUUCCUCGUUCUUCCUGGAGAAGAUGGUCACCUCAUGUCAACUCCAGACAAGAUCCGCCAAGUUGUCUUUCCUUACAUCACGCAUCCAGGCACAAGAUAUGGUCUUCCAGCUUCAACUGAGGUACAGUAUCCCCGAGAUUGCAUCGAGGUCCUCCGAUCACGACCUUUUAAAUUCGCCGCCAAGAGUUGCAACCAAUGGGCGCGGGGGCGCGUCAUCCUAUGUGGGGAUGCGGCUCACGUCUUCCCGCCUUUCGGCGGCCAAGGCAUAACGUCCGGGUUCAGAGACGCCAUCUCGCUCGCCUGGAGGCUUGUUGUAAUGGCGCGUCAAGAGCGUGCCGGAGCCAGAGACGGUGCCGACUGUCAGCUGUUGCUCAACGGCUGGUUCGCCGAGAGGAAACAGCAGCUGGACAAGUCUCUCGCGGCGACGAUAGAGAACGGCACUUACUUGACCACUGCCAGUCCAAUCAGAGACUUUUUUCGUGACUGGUAUCUAUGGGCUGUGCAAUUGGUGCCAAGCUGGAGGCGCUGGUUGGAGCAAGGUAAUCGGAGGAACGGCAUGGUUAAGUAUCAAUGGGAACCGUCCAGGGGCAUGGUGUUUUUGCCUGCGAUGGCGGGUAGGAAAUACUUCCCUCAGGUUUAUUGCAUGAGGUUGGACGGGAAAGAAAAGGUACAGUUUACCGACGACGUCAUUUUCUCCGAGGACAAGAAGGCGCUCUUCCAGGUUGUUGUGCUUCUCGAGGGCCCUAAAGAUGUCACGGCGGUCCGGGAGGCUAUAUCUAGCAUAGAUGAAGCAUCUCGUGGUGUUGUCCGGUCAGAGGGAGCGACAUUCAUUAUCCAUACUACGGAACCUCCACUUUGCCAGGCUUCGUUCGGUGGAAAUGCUCCGUACCGCUUGGCCACGGCCGACGAAUUUGCAGCAGACGAAAGCCUCUGCAUCGGACGACCAAAGCCCCCGUACUACGAUCCCGAGCGGUUAAUUAAGGAGUCGGAAAACAGACGCUUCAUAGUCUUGAGGCCUGAUCGGUUUAUUUUCGCGGCGUGCGAGACCCCAGAAGAGCUCAUGCUGGCAGCGAAGCAUGUUUCAUUUCUGUCUACGGAUAUGGAAUAG